AUGGCGUCCGAGGCGAGGCUCUACAAAUUCUCUCAGGAGACCAAGGACCACUUGCGCAAAUUCCGCCUGACGACUUCGAGGGCCAAUGAUCCCCAGGCAGUCAUAUACAUGAUCGACAAGAAGACGUACGAGAUCCGCCAAGACGACGACAAGACGGUAUACAAGUCUCUGGAAGAAAUCGGCGAAGAUCUCCCGGACCACUCGCCUCGCUAUGUUCUCCUAAGCUACCCGCUCACCCUGCCCGAUGGUCGAAUUUCGGUGCCGUACGUGCUGCUCUACUAUCUUCCGUCGACUUGCAAUGCCGAUAUGAGGAUGAUAUAUGCCGGCGCCAAGGAGCUGAUGCGGAAUACGAGCGAGGUGGGCAGGGUCUUUGAUAUAGAAUCGGCCGAAGAUCUGGAAGAGAUACCCGGCAAGCUGGCAUCUGGGCCAGGGUGA